AUGGGCAGUCGACCUGGCGCGUCCCUCGACGCCGCUAGCAACGACCGCCAUGGCCUCUCCACCCUCCUUCACCAAAGGCCCCAGAUGGCCGCUUCCAUGUCUGCUCCCGCCGGCCGCUUGCCUCGACUGCUCCCCGCCGACCUGUCCUCGUACACCGACUCAUACCUGCCCACCGCAGCCAUACCCCCCUCCGCCACUUCCCUCGCUGAACUCGCCCACCUGAUCCGCCUCCAGGGCUACCAGGAGCAGCGCAAGGCUCACUCCAGAGUCCGCCUGCACAGAUGGCUCGUCUCCAGCGCCCUCUCCGCACGUCUGGUACACUGCGGCGAGCUGGCAUACCGCACCCUCGUGGACAACUUUCGGUCGGACGACAAGAAGGCCUUUGCCUCGCUAUACAACGCUCUCAACGACGUCCGCAACUCGUGUGACGCCACACGCCAGUAUGCCCUGCUGGAGCCAGACCUGGAGUUUGGAAAAUCAAAAACCACCAAGUCGGACAAGUCCCUCUCGGCCUCGACUUUCCUCAACGAUGUUCCCUCGAAGAUCCUGGACAAUCUUCUAGAUUUCAUUUCUGAAAUUCGCACAAAUCCCGAAUUUCUUGCUUCUCGCAUUUCCAGCCUCUCGCAGCAAGAGUUGGCUGCUCUUACUUCUUUCCGCCAGGCCAUGGACCCUAUUGACUCAGUCAUGGCCAUUCAGGCCCGCGGUCGAAAUCUAGGCUCCCAAAAGGCCCAGCAGCAAGGCGGCAACCCCAUUGAACGCCUCUUGUCUUUCCAGCGCCACGACCCCCUCUCAGCGCUUGUUUACACAAUUUUUGCAAACUCGUCUGGUCCGGAUUCCGCAGAGGACCUUCGCCGUACCGAUGUUUGGGCCACCGUCUGCGCCAAACUAAUCAAGGAUACCAAGAUUAGCCACAACUUCAUCAGAACCAUUCUGGACGUCUGGGCAGGCAUGCGCGAAUGGCCCGGAAAGGCCAACCUGGAGCUUUACCUCAUGCAAACCCUCCAGGACGGUCAGUUCCUCCUUGAGAAAGCUGAGGAAUCAGGUGUACGGGCUGGAGCACAGCCAGUGCCUCGCAGUACCAAGGAUACCAUUGCUGCAGACGAGUUCUUUGACAAGGCUGUUAAGCGCUUGUUUGAAGUCGUCGAUGACGAGCCCAGUGCUGGUGGCAUCCCAGAGGGCGUCUUGGAAAUCGGAAAUGCCAUCCUUCGCAAGUUGAACGAGGAGAACGAAAGAGGAGCCCGCAAAGCAUCGCAGAACUUUUUUGUUUCCCGAUGGUUGUUUUCUUCCUUCCUCUUGAACGCAAUCAUCCACCCCGAGACGCACGGCAUCAUGAUUGGUCACCACAUUAGUGAACAUGCCCGCCAGAAGAUUCUCAAGGAAAUCGCCAUCCGAGCCCAAAAGCAGGUGCUCGACAUGACAUACAACUGGAAGCAGCAGAUACCUGUCCUUCCGGAAAUCCGCACCCACAUUGAGAGCAUUCUGGCUCGUUUCAAACACACAAAGACACCUUCCAAGCCCAUCCUACUCCCUGCCAAGGCAAUCACCUCGCCCAGGGAGACGGUCGAAGUGCAACCCUUCAUUGUCCUCUCUCCAGCUGACAUCAUCACGCUGGUCAAUGCGCUCUUCCCAGAGCGUCGCCCCUCAUCGAGCCACAUGGACAACGACAGCCAGCGCCGUGCUGGUCUAGCAUCAUCUGCUUCUUCAAUGUCUGGCAUGUCUGUUCCAUUCCGCAAUGCUGCCGCCUCCAUGACCGAUGCAAGCUCCAUUCUCAGUGCUAGUGCUUCGUCUAUGACAAGUGAUCAGACCUCACGCGAGCCACUUUUGGACAACAACACGACACCAGUCGAACAGCAAACUGACACCAAACCAGCCCCGACAGAGCUCUAUGGAAAGCGUCUGCGCAUGGCUUGCUCAGAAAUGACUCGCAUCCUCGGCGCUGAAGCUACAUCCGGCUCAUGCCAUCCAUGUGCUGAGCGAUGGGCUGUCUUGUACAUCUCCGCUGAUGGCAAGCAGCUCAAGCCACGCAUGCGCAAAGACUUUGAUGACGAAGAAGAGCAUGACGACGACUCUCCAGACAGCGAUAGCAGUGACGAUGAGGGCACUACGGAUAGAUUCGAUCUCGGCCACGAUUAUCACCAACUUAAGGAGGCGAUUGUCAAGCUUGUGGAAGAUUACGAAAUCCCCAAAACACUGGCCCCGGAUAGUGAAUCAAAGAAUUUCAGCAACCGUAUGACGACACGCAGAAGCGCUCGUGGACGCGGUCCGAUCCGCAACAUUAGCGAGAACCUCGGAUCUCGCAAUCCAUACAACGCAAACCAGAGUCACAGCCAGCUCACAAACAUGAUUGCAAGCCAGAGGAGCGGCUCUUCACGCCGUUCUCCCCAGAUUCCCAGGAGUCACAGCAACCCGCAAGUUGGCGAGAAGUCAGAGAACAGCUCGGUGCUCGUUACGAUGUUGGAGACAGCAAUGUACCAAUGCCAGGCGCGAUCCGAUUUCGUCAAUGCCCAUAUGUACUACAAGACCCUCCAGAGUCUGCGAAGACUCAGUUCUCCAACCCUGGUCAAGAACGGAUACGCAGCUCUUCUCAACUACUUUUCUCGUGGUCCCAGAGAUUUACUUAGCAAAGCAGCCAAUGCCAUUGAAGAGUUUGAAGCAUGGUUUGUGUGGCUCAAGCAGUCCCAGGAAAGGUCCGACAACAUGGUCGACGAGAUGAUGCUCACUUUCAAAAACCUGAGAGACAAGAUGUGGUACAUUACCGAUGUCCGCACUUCCAAGCCAUAUGAAGACGCCAAAAAUGUGGCCCUUGCCCUCAAGAUCAUGGACCAGCAAUCCAAGACGCUCAACGCCAAGGGCCCAUCCGGAUCUCGAUCCCGCAAUGCCAACAGCUUUUUGCGACAAAAUGAAGCUCAACUGGUCGACCUCAUGGCGGCUUCGCAGGAUUUCGGUGGUCCGAACAAGCUCUCAGACGAGCAGUCGGAGAUUACCCUGAAGUGGCUCAUGCAAUACGGUGUUGAGAACUUUUGCAAGGGCGAGGAGCGGAUCCACCGCUUCUGCCUCGAAGUCGACAAAUGCGUCACCAAGGUCAUUGGUGAGGGUCUAUUGGACGGUCCAGUGCUUUGGGCCAGUGAUUUGUACAAACGUGACCAGCAAAUCCUGGAGAGCGGUCGACAAAAGGGUGAUCUCUUCCUGACUGGCGUCGGCACCCUCUCUAUUGCGGGUGACGAAGAGUACGAAACCCAUGGUCGGGCUGGGUCGCGCAACAACGACUUUUCUCAACGCCCAAGUCACGGCAGUCUGCGUUCGGCCGCUAAUGGCAACCGCCCAUCAAUCUUGGAACAGAACCCCUGGAGCAGGAAUCCCCCAGAGUCGUCUGACUACUUUGGCGCAUCUUCACCAGUCUUGGCUAUCGACCCAAUGGCUACCUUUUGGUCACCAUUCCAGACACAAGCGCAAUCACCGACAAACGCAACGAGCAUCCGCCCACGAACUGCCUCGUCUUCCAAGGGCACUGUCAUGCUGAAGCAGUCGGCCACAGUCAAUGAGGACAAGCGCCGCUUCAUGCUCGACUUGAAGCAGACCCUCACUGGCCUUCUGUUGAGCGAUCUCGGCAUGAUGGUGUUUGCGAACGGCAGUGAGACUGAUUCAUGGUUCGGUGGUGAUUUGCUUGACGACUGUAUCGAGCGCCGAGACGAAGAGGAGCGUCGACGCAAGAACAAGCUGGCCAAGAAGAAGAGCACAAAGAACAUCCGAAGGCAGACUGUUGACCAACGAAACCUGCCGUUGGAAGCGCUUGGCCGGACAGAGCGCAGCUCAGCUGCACCUCCUGUUGCAACCUUGCAGCAUGCCGCAGCCGCCGAUGCACACCAUUCAGCUGGAGAGCAUUCGUCGACUUCUAGCGAUGCUACCUCGCGAUCGUCUGGCAAUGCUACUGCAAAGAAAGCCGGGCUACUGGAGUUCCCAUACAACGUUGCCUUCCAACGACUCCUCAGCAGGUUCCAGACACACCCCAACCCCUUCUCCAAGCUGCAUGCGCUGUAUGAAUUGGAGCUUCUCAUCAUCGCUUCGUUGUCUUCUCGAACUGGUCGAUCCUACAAUAAUAACAACAACAACAUCCGCCGCGACACACUUCCUCCUGUCCCCCAAUCGCCCACUCUUGGCGCUAUGCCAGAACUCAGCUCUCGUGAGCCAGCCACCCAGACUUCGCGUGCACACAACCUGGAAGAGGCAAUUGCAAACUGCGAAGAGCGUCGUUCUCAAAGCAUGAACGUAGAUCGCGUAAGCAAUGCGUCGCCACUGCCUCGCAACGGCGCUCGCUCUCCAGUUGGACCACCAAGCACAGACAUGAUUGUCGAGGUCAUUCAAGGACUCUUGCGAGACUCGAACAUUCGCCCCAAGACUCUCUUCAGAGACUUGCAGUUUAUCGCAUCCUUUGUACCAGCGCAGAUGCUCGACAAGACUGCGCGCGGUAAAGCAUUCUGGGACGUUGGUCUUGCAGCCCUCGGCUUGAAGCAAGACGUCUGCCGCAUCAUGGUCGAGCUUGUUGAUGAAGUCAUCACCCAGAACUCGAAACGUGAUGCAGGCAAGGCAAACAGCAGCAGCAUGACCGAAAAGGUCGGCGCAUCAUCGUCAGCCCUAGGUGACGAACCCAUGUCCAAGUACACCAUGGAAGAUGCAGGACGCAUGCUUCUCAUCACUGCCAAGGAAGGCGAUUCAGUCGCUGAGCGCGAAUUAGCCAUCUUCUACCUCACCUCCCCUGAACUCAUCCACCGCACUGUGCUGCCGCUUACCAAGCCCAGCGAGGUGUUCAAGACUGAGCUUCUGAACCGCGAGAAACGAGCCUCGCAGGAUCCUGCACGCAGCGAUCCCAUGACCAUGUGCGUUGCGCAACACUGGAUGGAGCAGUCCAUGAAGGGUGGCGACCAGCUUGCUGCCAAGUACCUGCGCCAGCGAAGCGAGCUGGAGAACAUCAACCCAACCAGGGCAUAG